CAUAAACAUUGGUGUAAAGUCUGCACUAAGAACUUCCCUUCAGGGAGGGCUCUUGGAGGCCACAUGUCGUGCCACCGGUUUGCAGGCAUGCAGCCAAGGAGCACACCCAGCCCUCCUGUCAUUGUUGUCGAUCUUCCUGUGUCACUGCUGGAUUCCAGUGAUGAGAAGCCUUCACUGACAUCUUUAGAAACUAAAUGCCUGCACUGCUCAAAGGAGUUCUCUACCUGCCAAUCUCUGAGGGGAAACAUGCAGAUGCACAGUGCGAAGAAGGUGAUGACCAAGCCCGACGAAGAACCAGCUGGGCUGAUGGGAGCUUCGGCCAAUGCUAAUGGUUAUCAUGGGCACAAGGUGAUGCUAUUUUCUCCAGUGAAGCGUAAGCGAUCAAAGAGGGGCAUGCCAGCGCUUGACUCGGAGGAAAUGUGUGCUGCAGCUACUCUCCUGAUGCUUGCAGAGUAUUCUGACAAGAGUUCUGCUUAUGACAAUUGCUGUAGGGGAGACAACAAUGACAACAUUUCAACGCCCAAUUUGUUGAAGGAGGUGAAUCUGAAUGCUUUUGAUCAGCUGUCUCAAUCGGAUGAGUUCCUGAAUAACACGAGGCCCAAGUCUGACAAGAAUUCAGCUUUUGAGGGUUUCUAUGAUUUCUCUGAGAAGGAAAACAAUUUGAAUUUAGCUGCUGAUGUUCCCAAGAAGAUGGUGCUGUUGAAUGUAUUUGAUGAUGGGCUGGUGGAUGGAGAUGCUGAAUUGAUGAAGCCAGGGGCUGACAUUUCAGUUGACGAGGUGAAGUAUGGUAGCCUUUCAGCUGCAGUGAACAUCAAGAGGUACCAGUGCAAGGUCUGCAGAAAGUUAUUAAGGUCAGAGUACGCAUUGGGUUGCCACAUGAGGUUACACUGUGAGAAGGAAAACAGUUUGAAUUUGGUUCCCAAGAAGCCUGCGCAGCUGACUGUGUUUGAUCAUGGGUUGGAUGUAGAUGCUGAAUUCAUGAAGCCAGGGGUCAACAAUUCCAUUGAAGACUUGAAGUCUGGUGACCUUUCAGCUGCCAUGAACAUCAAGAGUUACCAAUGCAAGGUCUGUGGAAAGUUAUUAAGGUCAGGGCGAGCAUUGGGAGGCCACAUGACGUUACACUUACACCGUGGGCAGAAUACUUUGAAUUUGGUUGCUGAUGUUCCCAAGACGGAGGUGCUUCUGAAUGUGUUUGAUCAUGGGCUGGAUGCAGAUGCUGAGUUCAUGAAGCCAGGGGCUGAUAUUUCAGUUGAGGAGUUGCAGUCCGGUGUUCUUUCAGCUGCAGUUAACAUCAAGAGACACCAGUGCAAGGUCUGUGGGAAGUUAUUAAGGUCAGGGCGCGCUUUGGGAGGACACAUGAGGUUACACUAUGUCCAGAAGUGCAAUCUUGACCAAGGGGUUGCUGAUUGUCCUAAUUCUGCUAUGAUGGAAGAGCAAAUGCAGAAGCUUGGAUUGGACUCACCCAUCCUUUAUCGGCGUAGACCACGUUCACUUGGGAGCGAAAUCUGAUUCUGAGCCGUAGUUUGUGGCGAGCAGCCUUCAGCAGGCUGUGGCCAAAGCUGGGUUCAACAUGUUGUCCGAAACUCAUACCAAUUAAGUUGUCCAUAGACUCAUUAGUAGUCUGGAAAUGAAAGAACUCCGUUUCAUCUGCUGGAUUCUGUAGAUAGUUAAGAGAUUUUGAGACAGACACUUUCUUGAUCAACAAAAUUUGCCAGAUAGGGAAGGGCAGGGAUCUUAAGUCACUGCUCGGUUGUGAAACAGUGUAGAAGUAUGUGUGGUCGCAUACUAGCAUGCAGUGUAAAUGUGUAAUGCAAUGCAUGGGCUUGUGAAUGGACUGAAGC